GGUAAAUCUUCGAAGCUUUGCCUUGGCGUGCGAGGCUGGACCGCGAGAAAUCUAUUGCUGGUUCUUGCGGUCCAGUCCAGAAGAAAAGGAAGAGGUGGUUUCAAUGCUCCAAGAGGAGCACAAUAAUCUUCCAUGUCCGUUAGUGAUCGCGCGCUUCAUUCAGGAAAUGAUGCAAC